UUAUGCGAUUCGAAACACGGCUUUGGGUGCUUUUUAUUUUUUUUUUCACUGAGUCGAGAUAAAUGGAUUGAGAAUUGAAUAAAAUUGAGCAUUUUGUUUUUUUUUCAGAUUAAGCCUAACCCUCCCACCCAAGCAAUAAAAUGGCGAAAAAGGGGGCGAAUCAUUCUACCAGGCCCAGGUUGAAGAGAGAUGACUCAUCAGAAGAGGACCCAGCAAAUGCUGGUGUUGGGUGCCUCGGAACACUUGCAGCAUGUGUAGCCGUGCUGGGAGUCGUCUUUGGUGUGCUGAUCACCUUUGGCACAGAAAACUCCAUCAAGGAUGUGCCUGUUAUGUCAGGACCUGUGGCAUCCUCUGUGGAGGAGCGUCACCUAGUGAAGGAGGACAUCACAGCUUCAGAGAUUGUGGCUCAACAUGCCACCUACCAGGGUAGCACAGCUUCCCAGGCUACAUUCCCUAGCCAUGUGCUGGGAUAUGUAACACCAUGGAACAACCACGGCUACGACGUGGCCAAAACAUUCGGCAAGUUCAGCCUGGUGUCUCCAGUGUGGCUGCAGGUCCGACCAACCGCGGAAGGCUACACCAUCACGGGUACUCACGAUGUGGACGCCGGGUGGGUGGCCGACGUCAGGAAAACGGGCGCCGCCCGAGACGUCAAAGUCAUUCCACGUCUCCUGUUCGAGGAAUUCACCGGCCAGGACUACAUGAAACUGUUCCAGCGGGACGCGCAGCGGAAGCAGCUGGCCGAUACCAUAGCGGAGGGAAUUCAGAGUCUGCAGAUGGACGGCGCCGUGCUGGAGGUCUGGAGCCAACUGGGCGGUCAGCGGCGGCCCGAUCUGGUAACUGUAGUUCGGGAAGUGGCCGCAGCGCUCCGCCACCGUCGCCUGAUUGUGGUGCUGGCCAUUCCUCCGCCCAUCAACAGGGGAGGCACCCCGGGAUUCUUUUCGCGGGACGAGUUCUUUGCUCUGAAGGAUGACGUGGACUUUUUCUCUCUGAUGACGUAUGACUACUCGUCUCCACGGCGGCCGGGCCCCAACAGCCCUCUGAGCUGGGUGCGCCGCUGUGUGGAGGACCUGGCGCCCACAUACAAGGGUCGGGACCAGAUCCUGCUAGGACUCAACUUCUACGGAAACGACUACAUUAAGGGCAGCGGGGGUCCGAUCGUGGGCCGCCAGUUGAUCGAGCUCCUGACGGGAGCCCAACAGACCAAGAUCGUCUGGGACCGCGAGCACGCCGAACACGUGUUCCAGAUAAAGGACAACGUUGGCCAGCACGCUGUGUUCUUCCCCACACUACUCUCAGUAAGGGAACGAGUGAAGCUGGCUCGGGAGCUCGGCACCGGGAUCUCCAUCUGGGAGCUGGGUCAGGGACUGGAGUAUUUUUACGAUCUCCUGUAGCGUAUGUGAAGGCGUUAAGUAGAGGUGGUGAGGUGUGGGGGAUGGGGAGAGGGAGGGAAGAGGGACUGGGUAUUGCAGUGGUGUUGGUUAUACGCUUAUGCCGGGUGUGGUGUAACGCUGGGGAUUUAUGCGAGUGAAUUGUGAAAGCAGUCUCAUAGGCUGAAUGAGCAUCUCAACCGUCUCAAUCUACAAAUAUUUGAUGCUGUGUCGCAGUCUGAGUCCAAGGAGUGCAGUGCUGUUUCAGGACUAUGCCGUGCUUCAAAGUUGAUCCAGUAGGCCGGACGCCGGUGUACGACUACCGUGUUUGCAAUAAUGAAUGAUAGUGAGAAUAUUUAAACUCGCACUACGCCAUGAGACUGGUGUGUCCUGACUCCUGAGCGAUUUAAAUGCUUGGAAAUGAGGACGGAGGUGCUCGGCUUAUUUCGGUUGUGAAGCGUGCGGUGUUCCUAGAACGCAACAGAGGCUAACCAUUGAGUGUGGAAGCGUGCAUAGUUCAUCCAUAAGUGCAGAGCCGCGUGUGCCACACGAGUGAAACUUUUACUGUAUGCCUGGCCUAUUCAAAUACAUUAGCCAGAGGGGUGUGGUAAUAACUGGUGUAAGCAAAUUGACCACGGUCAAAAAUGCAUUACCAGAAUGCACUUAAGCGAACAUUUUGGGAUGGUCUCGUUCCUAAGUCGGCUAAGAGCUUCGGUCAAGAAAAUAAAUUUAUCGUUGGCAUACAGUAAAAUACAUACCAAACUCGGCCGGUGAUAAAUUUUCAAGACCUCAGUCCUUACUGAUUUUUGAACUCGGCCUUCGGCCUCGUUCAAAAAUCCAGUAAGGACCUCGGUCUUGAAAAUUUAUUUACACCGGCCUCGUUCAGUAUUAUAUAGUACCGCCUGUUGAAUUUGUGAUAAAUCGUGGCAUUAUUAUGCACAUCUUGCCUGCAUGUGAUGCCGUUUUUGCGUAGUCAUUCCAAUAUGAUCGAAAAACUGCGCAUUUGGCUGUUUCCGUGUGUAGCUAUUGUUCAUGUGUGCAGUCCGACAAGCAGGGUUCCAUUUCAUGCGAAAAUAGAGCGAAAUGGCCCAAUACAAAUGUUUUCGCACGCA